UAUUGUAAUUCUUCUUCCUGGGGGCUGUGAAAUUUUUUUUUUCGGAGAGAAAGUUUUGGAAGGAAUCUUCCAGAUACUUCUUCAUUUUACUUUGGAGGACCGACUUUUCGUCUUCUUUAUUACUCCCCUCCCCCGUGGGACCCGCCGGACUCGUGGAGAAGACCGCACCCGAAGCUGAUUCUAUACAACGGGACAGCGCUUUCCGUUCUUGGGGGAGCGAUCCCCCUCACCCCCGAGUCCUACGGAACCCGGACUUUCAGGAGGCGCAGCGGCGUCCUGUGGAGGCCUGGGCACUGCAGAAGGACUACACAGAAACUUUGCCAUUGUUGGAGCGGGACGCUGUUCCCUCCUCGAGCUUUCCGGGACAGCAGACUUUGAGGAUUCACUCGUCUCACUCCAGACUCGCACCUUACUUCCCCCAUCCAGCCAUAGCCUUGGCUUCCCGGCGACCUCAGCGUGGUCACAGGGCCCCCCCUGUGCCCAGGGAAAUGUUUCAGGCUUUCCCCGGAGACUACGACUCCGGCUCUCGGUGCAGCUCCUCACCUUCCGCCGAGUCUCAGUAUCUGUCUUCGGUGGACUCCUUUGGCAGUCCACCCACCGCCGCCGCCUCCCAGGAGUGCGCCGGUCUCGGGGAAAUGCCCGGUUCCUUCGUGCCCACGGUCACCGCGAUCACAACCAGCCAGGACCUCCAGUGGCUUGUGCAACCCACCCUCAUCUCUUCCAUGGCCCAGUCCCAGGGGCAGCCAUUGGCCUCCCAGCCCCCUGUUGUUGACCCCUACGACAUGCCGGGAACCAGCUACUCCACACCAGGCAUAAGUGGCUACAGCAGUGGCGGAGCUAGUGGCAGUGGCGGGCCUUCCACCAGCGGAACCACCAGUGGACCUGGGCCUGCCCGCCCAACCCGAGCCAGGCCUAGAAGACCCCGAGAGGAGACGCUUACUCCAGAAGAAGAGGAGAAGAGAAGGGUUCGCAGGGAACGGAACAAGUUGGCAGCAGCUAAGUGUAGGAACCGUCGGAGGGAGCUGACUGACCGACUCCAGGCGGAGACAGAUCAAUUGGAGGAAGAAAAGGCAGAGCUGGAGUCGGAGAUCGCCGAGCUCCAAAAGGAGAAGGAACGUCUGGAGUUUGUGCUGGUGGCCCACAAACCGGGCUGCAAGAUCCCCUACGAAGAGGGGCCCGGGCCGGGCCCGCUGGCGGAGGUGAGAGAUUUGCCGGGGCCAGCAUCCGCUAAGGAAGAUGGUUUCAGCUGGCUGCUGCCGCCCCCGCCACCACCGCCCCUGCCCUUCCAGACCAGCCAAGACGCAGCCCCCAACCUGACAGCUUCUCUCUUUACACACAGUGAAGUUCAAGUCCUCGGCGACCCUUUCCCCGUUGUUAACCCUUCGUACACUUCCUCGUUUGUCCUCACCUGCCCGGAGGUCUCCGCGUUCGCCAGCGCCCAACGCCCCAGCGGCAGUGACCAGCCUUCCGACCCUCUGAACUCGCCCUCCCUUCUUGCUCUGUAAACUCUUUAGAAACACAAAACAAACAAACACACAAGGGAGAGAGAUUUGGAAGAGGAGGAGGAAGGAGAGAGAGGGGAAGAGACAAAGUGGGUGUGUGGCCUCCCUGGCUCUUCUGUGUGACUCUGACGCUGUGCCACUGCCUUCAGAAAGGAGGACUCCUUUGUUUUGUGCUGCCUCUUGUUCCGGGGCCGGCAAGGCCGGAGAGCUGGUGACUUUGGGGACAAGGGGUGGGAAGGGGAUGGGCAGGGGCCAGCUGCCUGUUGACCCUCUCACCUCAACCCAGCCUUUGACGAUAGUGGGUGGGGGUUGACGCCCACUUUGGGGCAGUCCUGUGUGAGGAUGGAGGGAGGGACAGUGUGCUAGGUGGGUGUGGGGUGGGCUUGAGUCCUCUCCAGAGAGGUCCAACAAGGAAAUGCCACUUCCCCAAUGUCUCCCACGCUGACCCCUUAGGGGCUGGCUCCCCCUGCCCUCCUGACCUCAGCUUAUUUAUCCCAUAUUUCCAUGGGGCUACAUCCUCCUCUGAGCAGAAUUGAGCCCCUACCUUAGA